ACGAUGACGACAAGCUAAAAAAAAACAAAAAAAAUUAAUAUCCUUCGUAAAAUUGAUUUAUUCCGUUUUAAUUUCGGUCAUUCAGCAAUUAAAUUGAUCAAACGAUACUUUUUUCGGAAUAAUGAGUAACAUAACAUGACGACAACAUUUAUCUAUUUAAAGGCAUUAAUUCAAAAGUGAAAGUGAAAAGACUUUUUCAAGUUUGAGUAUUAUUAUUCCUUCAUUUUAGCUGUCAUAUCUUCAAUAUUAUUGAACUAGUUAUUAUCUCAUGAAAUAGGUAAAUAGUUGGCGACAUGAAAUUAGUCUACAGCUUGAUGCUGUAUGUGUUGUUAUUUUGUUCUCUACUAAUAGAUAUAGUUUUAACGACUUCUUGCCGCAAACCUCCAGUGAUAGAUAGUACUAAUAAUCAAGCUACAUUUGAAAAUAUUUCUUCACGAUUGCUACCUUCAAAAAUUUCAACAUCCUACGAUGCUAAAGGACUGCAAGCUUUUUUUAAUUUAGCAAAUUCUUUUAUGAAUACAGUUCAACCUAAAUCAAUAAGUGAACAAUUUCAAGGUGUUAACUUAAAAGAAUUAUCAAAAGAUGAUAACAAGGCCAAGAUUCUCAAAUAUGAAACACCAAUCUUUGUUGCACUUGGAUUUGGUCUUUUGUUUGUGAUAUUGAUGCCAAUUAUUGGUUUUUGUUUUUGUUGCUGUCGAUGUUGCUGUAACAAAUGUGGGGGUGCAAUGUUUCAAUCAGAGAAAGAAUCAAAAAAAUAUGCAAAGUGCACUAUUAUGUCUUUGUUAUUACUUGUUAUGACAAUAUUAAUGCUAUGUGGUAUACUUUUCAUGUUUGUAACAAAUAACAGAAUCAAUGAAUCAGCAAAAAAUAUUUCAACUGUAUAUAACCAGGCCAUUAAUGAAGCUAUUCAGUUUGCUAAUGCCACUAUUGAUCAAAUAAUUGAAAUCUCUGAUCAAAUUCCAUGCAUAACAUAUCUUGAUAAGCAAGACAUAGGUGAUGAUGGCGUAAAAAAACUUAUUGGAAAUCCUUUGUAUCAAAGUGUUCUAAGCAAUCUUAGUGAUACUAUAAAUAUUUCUUAUAGUUUAAGUCAGAAUGUAUCAAAUAUAUAUGGGUUUUUGCAGAGCAUUAAUUUUUUAAAUAUAUCAUUAAAUGAAGAUGCUGACGAUUUAAAGAAUGGAUUGAAACAGAUUAAAAAAGAAUUAGAUGAUAUAGCUAAUGAUUGCAUAAAUAAUGGGUCAAUACCAAAGGAAACAUGCGAUAGUAUCAACUCAACUGUAGUUUCAAGUAAUGUCGAUUUCACUUCAUUUCCGGAUUUAUCUGACCAAUUAAAGACUUUUAAAUCUGCAACAAGUUUCGAUAUGACAGAAAACAUAAAAUCUACAAUAAUGAAAAUAGAAGACAUUUCAAACACUGUAGUUAACAAAUCAAAGAGUGCAAGAUCAGAUUUAAUUCAAUUAAUAAGUAAAACUGAAGAUCAAGUGCAAGACAUGCUCUACCAGAUUAAUGGAAACAUUACAAAUACAAUCAGCACUACAAAAUCAAAAUUACUCACUUUUGAAAACAAUUACUUUCGGUCCAAUUCUGAAGCAUUUAAAUAUGAAAACUACAGGUAUUAUGUUUACAUUGGAAUUUCAUCUGUUGUUGGAUUUAUUUUUGUUUUAAUGGCUCUUGGUUUACUGUGUGGGUGUUGUGGUUAUAAAAAGAAUGUAAGUCCAACUCAUCGGUCAUCAGCAUCUAAUUGUGGUGGUAAUUUUUUAAUGGCAUCUGUUGGAUUUAUGUUUAUCUUUUCUGCUAUCUUGAUGAUGUUUUGUGUGGUAUGGUUUGCGGUUGGAAUGCAUUUACACAUUGUAUGUCGUGAUGUUCAUGAUGGAAUUCUAUUUGAUAGUUUUUUAUCUGAUCAACUUAUUAUUGAAGGAAAAAAAAUUUCUGUUAAACUUUUGCUUUCACAUUGCCGUUCAAAUGCCCCUAUAUAUAAAGCAUUAAAUGUGGAAAAUAUAUACAAUAUUUCAAAAGAACUUAAUAUUAAAGAUAAAACAGGAGAUUUAAAUUCAAAAUUAAAUAGUUUAUCCUUCGAUUUAAAUGAUCUAAACAUUUUAUCUGAUAAAUUAAAAGAAAUUUUGAAUGAUCUUGCUGAUAGCAAUACAGAGACAGUCAAUUAUACUUCUUUUUUAUCAAUGAUCAAUGAAAAAAUCACUGAUUCAAAUCUUGCUCUUGCAGCAUUAAACUUAACUAACUAUGCUAAAAAUUUAAGUAGUUACAACAGUAUUGCAGAGAAACUUCGAAAUAUUUCAUCACGAUUAAUUGAAAUUGACAAUACAGUUGUUUCAAACAUCAAAAAUAAUCUGAAAAAUCUCGAAAGCAAUGUUACAGCACUAAAGAGUACAUCAUAUCAUUUUAAGGAAACAAUAUUAGAUUUACUUAAGAGGUAUAAUCAAUCUGAUGCGUUUAUCAAGAAUGAAGGAGAAUACAUCAUUAAACAUUUAAUAAGUAAUUAUUCUACUCGAUUAAUUGGAUGGUUAGAUCAGGGCUCUACUCAUCUUGUUGUCCAGGUUAAAUCAAAUAUGCUUAAAUGUGGACCAAUAGCAAAUUUGUAUGAUGGCGUUAUCAACACCUAUGUUUGUAGUGAUAUUGUUCAAAAUGUGAAUGGCUUUUGGCUGGCAUUAGGGUGGUGUCUUCUAUUUUUUGUGCCAUGCAUUAUACUUAGUGUGAAGUUGGCAAAGUUUUAUAGAAAAAUGAAUUAUGGUAGCAGUCUUGACAAGCACGUCCAACCUCCAUUCAACGAAAGCUAUCCAAUGGAAGUGCGUUCUUCAGUGCAUGACCAAACCUCUCUGAUGGAAAACAAUUGGUCUCACACUGAUGCUCCUCCGCCUUAUUCGAAUAACCAAUUCACUCCAAGAUAUAAUUCUGGUUAUCAUUAUUAAAAUCUAUACACAUGUAAAGUGUAUAUAUACAUAUAUAAAAAGAUUUUAUCAUAAGUUUGAGUUUUUUAAUGUAGAAAUUUUAAUUGGUAUUUUGUUACUGUUUUUUAAAACUUAUGGACUGCAUAAUCAUAGAUGUUAAUACAUCUAUGAUUACGCAGGCGUAUUUACAAUUUGUGUAUUACGCAUAAGUAUUUGUGUUUUAUACAAAUCUUUGGUGAAGCGAUUUUUCAUUAUAAAUGGUUUGAGAUAAAAAUAAUAUAUUGUAUUUUGCAAAAUGAUGUUUUUAAAGAAAAUAUAAUUAAACUGCUUCAAAUGUUA